AUGUCUGCAAUUCCGCAAAUUCUACGCAUCAAGCGUAAGCGAGGCCAAGAUCCUCUCCAGGCGCUUGUUUUGGAGGGCGAAUCUCUCGCCAAAAGGUCCAAACCGUCGUCGCCAAUACCUUCGGCAACCUCCUCUGUAUCUAAUCUAAGAAGCUAUUUUUUCGAGCUAGCCAGCACGGAUACCAGAGAACCUGCAAUAAGAAGCUCAAGUUCGGGACUCACGCUUUCAGAAACCACGACUGGACUGAGAAAGAGGCGAUUUGUGAUUCCAAAACAGGAGUCCGACGAUGAAGAGGUAAUUCCAUCUCAGCUACAUCAGAUGCUCGACGAGUUUCUCACAUUAGAAGAGGAGCUUCCCGAGAAACUCAAGAAACGGCGCGGAUCCACUAUGAAAUCUGCAGAGGAUAAGGAACAUGAAGUAGAGUCCAGCCCAGCAGAUGAGUACGUCUUUGAUGUCUACAAGCUAUCCGCUAAUGAGCAGCCAUUGACCUCCAUGAAUUAUCCUCAGUCGCAAAUUGGAUACAUUCGUUUCUUUGAUGAUGAGGAGAGUGCUCUUGUCAAUGUCGACGAGUCAAGAGAUCCCCGAGAUCAUGCACUUUCGGAGGACGAAGAUUCCAACGCUGAGUCUUUUUAUCAAAAUGACUAUCCUGAAGACGAAGAUGCCGGCGAAUUCAGCGAGACUUACGAAAACAUCAAUGAAAGUGACGAAGACUCGGAUUACUACUAUGAUGAUGACAGACCGGUGAUAGCUAGCACAGCCGAGCAAAUGGAAGGUCAGUCGUAUCUUCGAGGGGACGAGCCAAGCAAUGCUGUAGUGAACGGAGAAUUUGACAAUCUCUAUGAUGAUUUUUUUGAUGAAGAGGGCAACCGCAAGACCAGUCUACUCGAAGCCUGUGAGACAUACGAAAAUUAUGAUGCAGACGCAGAUGCGUAUUAA